CGAUUUUACCCUUCUCAUGCACUACCAACGCCCCUUUUAACAAACAAACACAAAGUUCCAUUACCUCCACCAUUAAAACUAGAUAUCUUAAACUAUAUUGUUUUGACUCGAAUAAUUAGGUAAUUUAAACUUUAACACCCAUAUAAAAAGCCCUCACCACAACAACAAGAAACUCACCAAUAAUAAUCUCAAACUUCUCUUGAGUUAGUUGUUGAUCAAGCACAACAAUACACAACAAACAACAUAGAAAGAAAAAUGUCAAAAAUUCAUCCUCAUCACCUCGCAGCACCACCAUCACAAACACAAGUUUCUGAUCCCUCAACUUCAGAUCACCCUCUUUCUAUCUCCUCCUCUACAGGAGGAGAGAUCUUCACCAUUUGGAUGAAAUCUCUCAUUCUUGGAGGCAAAGGUUGUACAGUUUUCGACUCGAAUGGCGAAGUUGUAUACAGGGUUGAUAACUAUUCUUCCAAAGGUUGUGAUCAAGUCUUCCUAAUGGAUUCCCAAGGUCAUGUCCUCCUUACAAUCCUAAGAAAGAAAUAUAGGUUGUUGGCACGUUGGCAAGGAUAUAAAGAUGAGAAGAAGAAAGGAGCAUCAUGGUGGUUUCAAGUAAACAAAAGUUGGAAAAUUCCUAAAAAGCCCUUAGGAUGUGAAAUGGUGGUGAAUUUGUAUCAUGAUAAAAAGUCACCUGCAUUCAAGAUUGUCAAGGGUAAAAGUGAGUUAACAUCAUGUAAGAUAGUAGAUAGAGUUGGAGGACUCAUUGCAGAAGUGAAGAGAAAACAAUCAAUUGGAGGGGUAGUUUUGGGAAAUGAUGUUAUGACAUUAGUGCUUCAACCUAAUAUUGAUCCAUCUUUAAUCAUGGGACUUAUGGUUACAUAUAAUCUUAUUCACUCUAGAAUGUGAAAAGAUCUAUCUUCUUCUUCUUUUUUUCACAAGAAAAUCAUUGAUGAGUGAACAAUGGUUUGUGAUUUUGAUCCGAUUGUAGAUAUACAGCAUACUCAUAUGUUCUUCCUUUUUUUUGGUUUUUGUUAGAUUGUUGUUUACAGUUUAAUUGUCAAAAAGGAUACUAAGAUGUAAAUGACAUGGUUUAUAAUAUAUUGGAUUCCCUUA